GUUUGGGGGUACCCGCCCCGUGAAUACCCGGCCACACCCCUAACCCUAAGAUUUUCUAAUCACCCCAAUCUCCCAGACGCUCCUCCCCUCCGCCCCUCCAAUUCUCUCUGAAUCGCACGACCCCCCGCCUCCACCCUCCUUCGCGACCGUCGCCAACCGCCCUACUACUCCCCUCUCGCCCGCCGACAUCCCCACUGCUCCUCUCCGCCGCCACCCCCCUGCUCCUCUCGGUGACUCCUUCGUCGACCCGCCGCACUCAGUCCCAGACUCCCAGUUUCCUAGACCCAAACCUGACUCGCGUUUCGCAGGUCCGACCUCCACCUCUCGGCGACUCUCGCCCGCCUCUGCCUCUUGUCGACUCCCGCCUUCCCGGAUUCCCCUGCUCGUCCUCUGCUCGGCCGGCAAGGGAACGAAAUCCCGCCUUUCCCGGAUUCCCCUGAUUCUCCUCUUCGUCGUUACCGCUCCUCCUUUACCUCGGCUUGAGACUGCUGUUGCUGUGUUGCAUUGCCGAGAAGCCUUCCAAGGUCCGGAGAUCUUCUAGGCUGCGGCUGCUUCUCCUCUGUGAGAACUGAAAAGCUUACUCCCUCAAGCUCUGCUCUAACCCUCUCCUGUCCUGCCCCACCUUUAUUUGCAUCUCCGGCCGCCAAGGCUUGUGCAUCUCUGCAGCGGCCGCUAGUUCGAUCUCUUACUGGAAACACAGCCACAAUGCCUACAGUGAGCGUGGGAAGGGACUGUCUCUUCGCUGCCUUAGGGCAAACUUACACUCAAGAGAAGUUCGAGGAGCUUUGCUUCAACUUUGGAAUUGAGCUCGACGAUGUGACUACUGAGAAGGCCAUUAUGAGAAAGGAGUGUCAUUUGGAAGAAGAAGCAGAUGAUGACGAGGAAGUUAUCUAUAAAAUUGAGGUCCCUGCUAACAGGUAUGAUCUACUUUGUCUAGAGGGGCUUGCUCAAGCCCUCCGGGUUUUCAACGGGAAGGAAGGAACUCCUGCAUACACCCUAGCAAGCAUUAGCAAGGAAUCAAUGCUGAAGAUCCAUGUACACAAGGAGACGUCCAAAAUUCGGCCGUAUGUUGUUUGUGCUGUUUUGAGGGAUAUCAAUUUCGAUGAAGCCAGUUAUAACAGCUUCAUUGAACUCCAGGACAAGCUUCAUGAGAACAUAUGCAGGCGAAGAACUCUCGUCGCAAUUGGUACCCAUGACCUGGACACACUUCAAGGCCCAUUCACUUAUGAGGCCCUCCCACCAGAAAAGAUAAACUUUGUACCACUGAAACAGGAGAAAAACUUCAGAGCUGAUGAACUGAUGGAGGUUUACAAGUCUGAUUUGAAGCUGAAGAAGUAUCUGCAUAUCAUUGAGAACUCUCCUGUGUACCCAGUCAUAUACGAUUGUAGAAGAACUGUCUUGUCUCUUCCUCCCAUCAUUAAUGGUGCACAUUCGUCUAUCACUUUAAAGACGAAGAAUGUAUUCAUAGAAUGUACAGCCACUGAUCUGACAAAGGCCAAGAUUGUUUUGAACACAAUGGUGACAGCUUUUUCAUUGUAUUGUCGGAAUAAGUAUGAAGUUGAACCAGUUGAAGUAGUAUAUGAUGGUGGGAAGUCAUUAAUAUCCCCUGAAUUAUCUGAAUACAGUAUGGAAGUUCCUCUUUCAUACAUCAGUCGCUCAAUUGGAGUCUCUUUGAAGGCAGACGAGGUUGCUAGCCUGUUAAAUCGGAUGCAGUUGCGUGCUGAGAAAGGCGCAUCUGGUGGUGAACAAAAUAUCAAAGUAUCAGUACCGCCUACCAGAAGUGAUGUCCUUCACCCCUGUGAUGUUAUGGAAGAUGUUGCAAUUGCUUAUGGUUAUAAUAACAUACCCAAGACAAAGUUUCCAUCUUCCGAGGUGGUGUCCUUGAUUGAGCUUGAGGAUCUUCUCAGAUUGGAGGUUGCAAUGAACGGAUUCACAGAGAUCAAGUCAUGGAUUUUAUGUUCUUACCAAGAGAAUUUUGCCAUGUUAAACCGGACUGAUGAUAAAUCAACAGCAGUUAUUAUUGCCAAUCCCCGUUCCGCUGAUUUUGAGGUUGUCCGAACCACCCUCAUGCUUGGAGGACUAAAAACUAUCGGAAAAAACAAAAACAAGUCCAAACCCAUUAAGCUUUUUGAAGUGAGUGAUACGGUACAGCUGGAUGGUACUAAAGAUGUUGGCGCAACAAAUGUUCGGCGUCUUACAGCUCUGUAUUGUGGUACUAAUUCAGGAUUUGAGAGGAUUCAUUCAUUGCUAGACAGAGUGAUGGAAGUGAUGGCAACUCCAUUUGUACCAAUUGGUGACUCCAGUGGGUACUACAUACAGAGAUCUGAUCAUGCACGUGAAUUCCUUCCUGAUAGACAAGCUAGCAUCAUUUACAAAGGAAAGCACAUUGGCAUGUUUGGUAUCGUGCAUCCGCAGGUGCUGAAAAAUUUUGACAUCCCGGAUCCGUGUUCUGUCUUAGAACUAGACAUCGAGCCUUUCUUACAAGCUUGAUGAGUCAUCUUGAGAAGCGUGAGUAACUCACAACUGUUGAGACUUUCAUUCGGCGAAGUCGAGACGUUCCAUUUGCCGCUCUGAAAAUUGGGUGGGCUCUUAGCAGCAGGUGUAUCAACGUUUCAUCUAGCUAGACGGUUUACACCAUUUUGGGUGCGAACUAGAAUUCAAGCCGUGGAUGAUUUAGGGACCACAAUUUUUGUAAUAAAAACCGUGGGCACUCUUCAACGUUGGUGUUUGUUUGGUAGUUGGUGGCCCAUUUUUGUUUUACAUACCAAAUGACUUUCGGAUGUAACUUGGCGAUGACGGGUGACGGAGCGUCUUGUCGCGGACGGUGAUGACGUGCAUGUAUUGUGUGGUUAGUUAUGGUGUUUUGUUAGUAUUAUUAGUCUAAAAUUAAUGUUUUAUUAGCAGUUUUGUUAGUAAUAUUGAUUUUAAUAUUGACUGAGAAUAGAUAUAUGGCGGUCAACAUUCAAUUUAAUUUGUUUUGAAAAAUUUGGC